AUGGCUUCUACGGAGAAGCUACAGGGCAGUGAGCGAGAUCAGUCCAAAAUCGAGACAAACAAUUCAGACGAUAUUCCAGCAACUACAGAUACUUAUUCGGAAUCAGAAUUAAGGCCCGAAUCAGAAAAGGCACCAUCCGCGCCGUAUCGGGAUGCUGAAGCCGCGAACAAACACGAUAAGCUACGACCAGUGCCCGUUCCUCGUCUGAAACGUCGCGGUCUUUUUGGUCAAAUUACAUUGAUACCUGAGGUUGAGAAUCCGAGAGCAUAUGCGAGAUCGACGAAAUGGAUCUUAACAUGUACCAUUUCCCUUGCAACACUCAUUGCGCCUAUGGGAACUUCUAUUUUCUACCCUGCUUUGCAUCAGGUUGAAACAGAUCUACACACCAGCGCAACCGGUACCAAUCUAUCUUUGGCAUUCUACUUGUUAGCAAUGGCGAUUUUCCCGUUGUGGUGGUCAAAUUGGGCAGAGGCAUUUGGACGACGAACGAUUUAUCUGAUAUCUUUUGUCCUGGGGGUAGUAUUUGCCAUAUUAGCCGCUAUUUCAAACUCAAUUGGAAUGCUCAUUGCUGUGAGACUAUUAAGCGGUGGCUCAUCAGCCUCUGUCCAGGCCGUCGGAGUCGCUUCAAUAUCUGAUCUAUGGGAACCGCGAGAGCGAGGACGUGCCAUGGGAAUAUUUUUUCUGGGUCCACAGUUAGGUCCCUUUCUAGCACCUAUCAUCGGUGGUGCUCUGGCAGAUAGAUGGGGCUGGAGGAGCACCAUGUGGUUUGCUGUGAUAUUGGCAGCGGCUAUGCUUCUCAUGUUAUCCAUCAUCUUACCAGAAACGUCAUUGAGAAAAGAAACGACAUGGCGCACUCGCGUUAACGAGAGAAUUGGGAAUCAUGAUUCGUUUCUGAGAAUUAUUCUUCUACUAAGAAUACUUUUGAUAGACCCAUUCCGUGCACUUCUCGUUCUCCGGUAUCCCGCAAUGUUCUUGCCCAUGUUCUACAUCGGAAUCGUGACUAUAUACUUUUACAUACUCAACAUCAGCAUCCAAAACACGUUUGCUAGUCCUCCUUACAAUUUCAGCACCCUGAUUGUGGGAUUGUUGUAUAUUCCGUCUUCGUUGGGCUAUAUCUGUGGAAGCAUUUUCGGCGGUAGGUGGAUGGAUUAUGUGAUGCAGCGUGAGGCAAGAAAGGCGAACCGAUGCGAUGAAACUGGCAGACCUAAAGUUUACCCCGAGGAGCGUAUGAAGGAGAAUGCUUGGGCGGGAGCUUUGCUUCCUGUGGUAGCGUUACUGUGGUAUGGUUGGACGGCAGAUAAGGGCAUUUACUGGCUCUGCCCGAUGAUCGCAAACUUUUUCACUGGCUUCGGUAUGAUUAUUAUCAUCAGUGUGGGUAUCACUAUGAUCAGUGAAUUUAUGCCAGGUGAUCCUCGAGGUUUGGCCGCAUCUGUCUUUAUCCGUAAUGUUCUCGGUUGUGUUGGCACGGUCGUGGCAGCGCCAAUGCUUGAUGAAUUGGGAAACGGAUGGACUUUUACACUCUGGGCAUUGGUAGCAUUGGCAAGUGCCUCGGUGAUUGUUGCAAUCACCAAAUUUGGCCCACAAUGGAGGGAGUCUAUGGUGGCUUCUGGCGCGGUACAGGGUUGA